AGGAGAAUUUCGACUCGACAUACUGUGUAUCUUAAUUGUCUGAACAUUUAGCCAGUGGGAACGCCCAGUCGAUUGUGGUUCUCCAUAAGAAACAGGUUGUCUUCAUUUGUUUUGCAUUAGUUUCACUUUGAAUUCGGGCAUAUCACUCUGCUUCUGAUCAUUGUUUACACUUAUACUACUACAUGGAAGAAAAUAUAUUGCUUUUAGUCGGUCUUCCCGAAGAUUUUGCUUCCGUGAAACCCAAGUUGGAAUUGCAUUUUAGAAAUAAAAGAAAAUCUGGAGGAGAGGUUUCGGAAAUAAGAAAUUACCCCAAUGACACGAGAAAGGCAUUGCUCGUUUACCUAGAGGAUGAAGCCUUACAAAGAGUAUUGGAAAAGGGACCGCACAAGGUUGAUUUUAAGGCCUUGGGCGUGGUAGAACUUCAAGUGAAGUCACUAGAAGCGGAUGACAUCGCCAAAGUGAAAAUGAAUCCAGUGCCGUUGCCCAAACCACGCUUUGAGAAAAAGAUUGGCUGUGGAAAAUCUGCAUGCGAUAUAGAAGCGAAGCCAGGACCAUUUCACCAAGAAGGUUUGCAGCAAGAUGGUGGUAAAAAGGUGCUAUCACUGCUUGUGAGCAGUGAUUGUCCAAUCAAAAAGGAGAUCCUUCAGGUGUACUUUGAGCAAUUUACUGAUGACAUUGAUAUUUGUGGACAUGGAGAUAAUCAAUGGAUUCUCAAGCUGACCAGUCAUUCUGAUUUGGAGAAUAUCCUGGCCAAGAAGGAUCAUGUCUUGGAGGGUUCCUUGAUGUCCGUGCAGCUGUACGAUGAGAGAGAGGCAGAGGAGAGCCUUGAUCCCCACAGGUUCAUUCUGAGUGGCUUCAGUGAAGACUGCAAGUGCAGCCACCUGUCCGUCUUCAUCAAGAGCUGCAGCAGAGGGGCCGAGCAUUCCUGGGAGGUCCUCAAUGACGGGCAGAGAAUCGCAGUCACCUUCAAACAGGAUAUAGAUGUUCAGGCUUUUUUGAAGAAAUGCUUCGCAAAUAAACUUCAGAGCAUGGAUAUCUCCGCCAGUCGUCUGGAGUACACAGACUCUGUGCUGGUGAAAGGAAAUAUGGAGAACAUCACAGAAAAGGAACUCAGGGAUUAUUUUUCUAGCACAAAAAGCAAUGGAGGACAAAUCAAAUACCUGAUAUGGGUCGAAAAUGCAAAGAGUGUGCUUCUAGAGUUUGAAGAUUUUCACGUUGCGCACAGAGUUGCCAAAGAGAAACACACUAUUUGUGGAGUCAGCCUGUGUGCUUUCUUGUUCUACUGCAAUCUGAAUCAAGUCUUAACUGGAGAGACCCCCACUACGCCACCUUUCCCUCCUAAAAUCUCCAUUCCUGUGGAUGCUUUGUUCCUCGAAUACAUCCAAAAUGAUGAGGAGUGCAAAGAGGACUUUGAGAGCACACUAAAGGAGCACUACACCAGCUUCUCCUUUAAAGGUGACCCAGAGUCCCCUCAGGUGGUGUUGGAGAUGGCAGUGGACAGAGAGUCAUUGUUGCUACACCACUUGGCCCAUACCUGGGAGAGAAAGACUAAGCAAGCAGUUGAGGGACUGCUGGAGAAAUACAGCAUAGUCAUGUUGGUGUCAACUGAAGAGGUGUGGGAGAGAGUCAAGGACAAAUGCCUCAGUCUAAAUCUCAAAACUGCCAGAGUCUCCUUUGAGAGGGCUAAAAACACCAUUGUGGUUUUGGGGCAACAGAACGAUGUGAAGAAGCUUCAGGGUGAAAUUCAACUUUUGUUGAACAAAGCAAAAGAAGAACUGGAUGUUGAAACAAACACUGUGGAAAGGAAGAUCCCUUUGGACAGUAAGGAAGAGUUUGGUUUUGUGUGGAACUUAGUGUCUGAAAAACUUGAAGGAGUUGAAAAUCUAAAAGAUGAAGCAAACUUGACUUUUCACCUCAAGGGCCUCGAAGAGAAGGUAAAUGAAGCAGAGAGAAUCAUCAAAAACACCAAAGAUAAUUUAUCCAUCCAAACUUUGCAUCUGUCACCCAAUCUAGCAAAGUUUUUGCAGUCCCUGGAUCUGAAGAAAUUUGAGCGCAAUCACUUUACUCACAUUACUGCUACAGUCUUCUCCUGUGGUGAUUCCAUUCAGAUUCUUGCAGAGAAGCUGCAAGAUGGUGAGAAAGCCAGAGAAAAAAUAAAGGAGGUACUUAUGGAAGAUGUGAUCAACCUCACUCCCGAUCAAGGAAAAGUCACCCAGGAAGAACACUGGAGAGUCUUCUACAGUGGACUGAUGCAAGAGGUAGAAUCCAGCAAUAAUGCACAGAAUGUGAAGAUCUCACAUUCUGAUGUGCAGAUUGCAGUGUGUGGGUUCCAGAAUGUGGUAACAGAUGUUGCUAGGAAACUGAGAGAAUAUCUGAAUAACAAAAUGCCUGUGGCAGAAGACAUCCAGCUGAAGUCACCGAGAGAGGAUGAAUAUGUUGCUGAUUGCAUGAAGCUGUCUGAGGCUGCUGAAAUCAAAGCCCUGGAUGUGACCAUUUUGUCAUCACAGACACAGGCGACUCCUUGCCUGAAAGUCACCGCAGCCAAUGACAAGAUCAGGGAGGCCGUGGCAGCUGUGGAGAAGCAGGUUUCACACAUUGUGCAUGAGAAACACAUAUACUCUGAUGCGUCCAAAGUGUUGGAGAAACAUCUAGAUGCUCUCAAGUCCAGGGCCAAAGAGUUUGCCUGUAAGCUGUAUCCGACUGUUGAGCAAGCAAGCCAGACCGGCUUGGAAAAGGGAUACCGAAGUCCGGAUGCAACAGACACGUUAUCUGGUCCUCCUGCAAAUAAAUCACAGAAAGUCGCUCCUCCGCCUCCGUUACCUAAACCAGGAGCAGACCUCAAAGUGGUUAUUGGUGGCGUUACACUAAUUCUGAAAAAAGGAGACAUUACCAAAGAGGCAGUGGAUGCCAUUGUGAAUUCCACCAAUAGUAGUCUGAACUUAGACACUGGUGUCUCUGGAGCAAUUCUGAAAGCAGCAGGGAAAUCUGUUGUAGAUGAAUGUGCCAAACUGGGCACCCAGAAAGAAGAUGGGGUGGUUGUCACCGGAGGAGGCAACUUAAAAUGCAAGCACAUCAUUCAGAUGGUGGGGCCGACUACCACAGUUGGCAUCACCACAUCCGCAGAGAGGGUCCUGCAGGUCUGUGAGAGCAAAAGCAUCACAUCCAUGGCCAUACCUGCCAUUGGGACUGGAAAAAGCAACAUUAAUCCAGAAGAAUCCAUCAAGGCAAUUCUCAAGGGGCUGCAGAAGCAUUUGUCUCAGACCACUUCCACAAGCAUCAAAUUCAUAUUCAUAGUGGCCUUUGAGCAGAAGGUUUUCGACUCUUUCCGGCAUUACUUUGCAGAGAGGAACCAGCAGUCUCAGCAGAGAACAGAGACGCCAGGACCAUUUCACCAAGAAGGCUUGCAGCAAGAUGGUGGUGAAAAGGUGCUAUCACUGCUUGUGAGCAGUGAUUGUCCAAUCAAAGAGGAGAUCCUUCAGUUGUACUUUGAGCAAUUUACUGAUGACAUUGGUAUCUGUAGACAUGGAGAUAAUCAAUGGAUUCUCAAGCUGACCAGUCAUUCUGAUUUGGAGAAUAUCCUGGCUAAGAAGGAUCAUGUCUUGGAGGGUUCCUUGAUGUCCGUGCAGCUGUACGACGAGAGAGAGGCAAAGGAGAGACUUGAUCCCCACAGGUUCAUUCUGAGCGGCUUCAGUGAAGACUGCAAGUGCAGCCACCUGUCCGUCUUCAUCAAGAGCUGCAGCAGAGGGGCCGAGCAUUCCUGGGAGGUCCUCAAUGACGGGCAGAGAAUCGCAGUCACCUUCAAACAGGAUAUAGAUGUUCAGGAUUUUUUGAAGAAAAGCUCAGAAAAAAAACUUCAGAGCAUGGAUAUCUCUGCCAGUCGUCUGGAGUACACAGACUCUGUGCUGGUGGAAGGAAAUAUGGAGAAUAUCACAGAAAAGAAACUCAGGGAUUAUUUUUCUAGCACAAAAAACAAUGGAGGACAAAUCGAAUGCCUGAUAUGGGUCAAAAAUGCAAAGAGUGCGCUUCUAGUGUUUAAAGAUUUUCACGUUGCACACAGAGUUGUCAAAGAGAAACACACUAUUUGUGGAGUCAGCCUGUGUGCUUUGUUGUUCUACUGCAGUCUGAAGCAAGCCUUAACUGGAGAGACCUCCACUAUGCCACCUUUCCCUCCUAAAAUCUCCAUUCCUGUGGAUGCUUUGUUCCUCGAAUGCAUCCAAAAUGAUGAGGAGUGCAAAAAGGACUUUGAGAGCACACUAAAGGAACACUGCACCAGCAUCUCCUUUAAAGGUGACCCAGACUCCCCUCAGGUGGUUUUGGAGAUGGCAGUGGACAGAGAGUCAUUGUUGCUACACCGCUUAGCCCAUACCUGGGAGAGAAAGACUAUGCAAGCAGUUGAGGCACUGCUGGAGAAAUACAGUAUAGUCACGUUGCUGUCAACUAAAGAGGUGUGGGAGAGAAUCAAGGACAAAUGCCUCAGUCUAAAUCUCAAAACUGCCAGAGUCUCCUUUGUGAGGGCUAAGAACACCAUUGUGGUGUUGGGACAAAAGAACGAUGUGAAGAAGCUUCGAGGUGAAAUUCAACUUUUGUUGAACAAAGCAAAAGAAGAACUGGAUGUUGAAAGGACGAUCCCUGUGAACAGUAGGGAAGAGCUUGGUUUUGUUUGGAACUUGGUGUCUGAAAAACUUGAAGGAGUUGAACACCUGAAAGAUGAAGUAAACUUGACUUUUCACCUCAAGGGCUUUGAAGAGAAGGUAAAUGCAGCAGAGAGAAUCAUCAAAAACACCAAAGAUAAUUUAUCCAUCCAAACUUUGCAUCUGUCACCCAAUCUCACUAAGUUUUUGCAGUCCCUGGACCUCAAAAAAUUUGAGCGCAAUCACUUGACUCACAUUUCCGCUACAGUCUUUUCCUGUGGUGAUUCCAUUCAGAUUCUUGCAGAGAAGCUGCAAGAUGGUGAGAAAGCCAGAGAAAAAAUAAAGGAGGUGCUUAUGGAAGAUGUGAUCAACCUUACUCCCGAUCAAGGAAAAGUCACCCAGGAAGAACACUGGAGAGUCUUCUACAGUGGACUGAUGCAAGAGGUAGAAUCCAGCAAUAAUGCAGAGAAUGUGAAGAUCUCACAUUCUGAUGUGCAGAUUGCAGUGUGUGGGUUCCAGAAUGUGGUAACAGAUGUUGCUAGGAAACUGAGAGGAUAUCUGAAUAACAAAAUGCCUGUGACAGAAGACAUCCUGCUGAAGUCACUGAGACAGGUUGAAUAUGUUGCUGAUUGCAUGAAGCUGUCUGAGGCUGCUGAAAUCAAAGCCCUGGAUGUGACCAUUUUGUCAUCACGGACACAGGCGACCCCUUACCUGAAAGUCACCGCAGCCAGUGACAAGAUCAAGGAGGCUGUGGCAGUUGUCAAGAAGCGUAUUUCAUACAUUGUGCAUGAGAAACACAUAUACUCCAAUGCCGGGGAGUCAAAAGUGUUGGAGAAACAUCAAGAUGCUCUCAAGGCCAGGGCCAAAGAGUUUGCCUGUAAGCUGUUUCUAACUGUUGAGCAAGCAAGCCAGACCAGCUUGGAAAAGGGAUACCAAAGUCCAGAUUCAACAGACACGUUAUCUGCUCCUCCUGCAAAUAAAUCAAAGAAAGUCGCUCCUCUGCUUCCGUUACCUAAACCAGGAGCAGACCUCAAAGUGGUUAUUGGUGGCAUUACACUAAUUCUGAAAAAAGGAGACAUCACCAAAGAGGCAGUGGAUGCCAUUGUGAAUUCUACCAAUAGCAGUCUGAAUCUAGACACUGGUGUCUCUGGAGCAAUUCUGAAAGCAGCGGGGAAAUCUGUUCAAGAUGAAUGUGCCAAACUGGGCACCCAGAAAGGAGAUGGGGUGGUUGUCACCGGAGGAGGCAACUUGAAAUGCAAGCACAUCAUUCAGAUGGUGGGGCCGACUACCACAGCUGGCAUCACCACAUCCACAGAGAGGGUCCUGCAGCUCUGUGAGAGCAAGAGCACCACAUAUGUGUCCAUUCCAGCCAUUGGGACAGGAAUGGGCAACAUUAAGCCAGAAGAAUCCAUCAAAGCAAUUCUCAAGGGGCUGCAGAACCAUUUGUCUCAGACCACUUCCACGAGCAUCAAAUUCGUAUUCAUAGUGGCUUUUGAGCAGAAGGUUUUCGACCUUUUCCGCCAUUACUUUGCAGAGAGGAACCGGCAGUUUCAGCAGAGAACAGAGGCGGUCAGUGGGAUCCACUUGCCAAGCAUUCAGUCCAGGUCAAGAGAGCUCCCUGCCAAUCAAGUUAAGAUCCAUGGUAUCAGAAUAGAGGUGAAGAAAGGUGACAUCACCACAGAAACUGUCAGAGGGAUCGUCAACACAACCAACAAAGAGCUGAACCUGAAAGGAGGAGUUUCGGGAGCUAUAUUCAGAGCAGCAGGAAGCUCGGUUGAGCAGGAGUGCAAAAAAUUUGGGCCCCAGCAGGAUGAUGGCGUUGUGGUAACGAGUGGCGGGGCGCUACACUGUGAUUUUAUCAUUCACAUGGUGGGACCCCGCUCCCUACCUGCCGCAACCUCACAGGUGGAGAAGGUUCUGGAACAGUGUGAGAAAAACGGCAUCACCACCGUGUCCUUCCCUGCUAUUGGUACUGGUGGUGGACAGCUGAAUGCUGCAGAUGUCAUUGCUGCCAUGCUUCAAGGGUUCCACAAUCAUUUAUCGCAGCAUAUCUCCACUGUUCUCAAGCUGAUUUACAUCGUAGUCUAUGAGGACAAAAUCCUCCAGGAGUUUCUCCAGGGGCUGAAGCAGUGGUCAAGACCUGGGCUGGAUAAUUCUUGUGAUGAAGGAACAGCGGCAAUGUCGGCACGUAGGAGACCCAGUUCCACGUCCUCAGACUCCAGCUCUUCCCAAACCAGCUCCAACAUUCCGACCCUGAGCCUGGGAAGUGCUAGCAUUACUUUCCCUGUGAUGGUGGCUGAGGUUUACGGAGUUUCUGUGGCAAACCUGGCCCAGGUGAAGAAGUGCCUUGAUGAACUGGUUUCCGAGGAGUGCACCAGCCAAGACGUGGUAGACAAGCACCUCCACCACCUUACAGAAAAGGAAAAGCAAGAUAUCAUUGAAGCGAGCCAGAGGCACCAGGUCCGCAUCGCCAUGCUCCAAAACAAGCUGACGGUGUCGGGGAAGAGGGACGAUGUCCUUUCGGUCAUCCUGCAGAUCAAAGACUCCCUGCAGAGAGCCCAGGAGAGGGAGGACCAGGAGCGGGAGGAGAGCAGGAUAUGGCAGACCGUCCGCUGGGAGGUGGGCGGGUCGGACAGCUGGACAGGCCUGGAGCAGCGAAUAAACUACAAUCUGGAGCUGGCUUUCCACAGGAAGGACAAGUUAUACAUUUACCAACACCAAAAGGACAGCUUCACGGUGGAUUUUGAGAAGAUGCAGCAAACGGACAGCAGAGGACAAAUCACUAGAAUCAAGAGGACUCCUCUGUCCGACUGUGAAACAGCUAUCAUUACGACACCACCUACAUGGACCAAGAUGGAUGGAAAAGAUCUGGACAUCAUUGUGCUCUCUGAAAAAUCAAAUGAAUAUCAGAAAAUUUGCAAAGAAUUUGUGCAAUCCUGCCAGGUGUUUGCACAGAAAAACGGCAAAAACAUCGAAGUGGUCCAGAUCCAGAGAAUCCAGCACCAGGAGCAGUGGAGGAGGUACACAGUAAGCAAACAGGCAUUGGAUAAAAAAUAUCCGAAAAACAAUAACGAGCAGUUCCUGUACCAUGGAACUACCAAGGACAUCUGCCAGAAGAUCAACAAGAAUGGCUUCAACCGCAGCUUCUGUGGCAGAAACGCAACAGCAUUUGGAAGCGGAACUUACUUUGCCAAGGAGGCGUACUACUCUUGCGAUGACAAGUACUCCAAUCCUGAUGAGAACGGCCACAAGUACAUGUACAGAGCCCGCGUACUGACGGGGAAGCCCUGCCUCGGACUGCAUGGCAUGAGGGAGCCGUCUCCGGUGGACCCCAACGACCUCCAGGCGGGCCUGCACGACUGUGCCGUGAACAACCUCCAGAACCCCUCCAUUUUUGUUAUUUUCUCCGACUCAGGGGCCUACCCUGAAUACCUCAUCACAUUCAAGACAGUGUAUUGUGGAUGGGGGGGAUCCACUAACGAGCCAAUCAGUGCUUUAAACAGCCUUAAUUAAUAUUUUGUAUUUUUCUAUAACAUGUAAAUAUGAUCACUAGCAUUUUAAGAAAUUUGAUUAGAAUACAACAAAUUAUGUGUAAUAUUUGUAAAAUCAAGGGUCUUCGAAAACUUUUAAAUCCAAAAACAAAACGGAGUAUCAAAUAUAUCUUAAUUAAAUUAGAGUUUUAAAUGAUGUUGAAUGGCAUUGAAUGUCCAUACAGUUCUUAAGGAUCUCUUUGUAUAAACUUAUACCUUUUGCUGUCAGUUCCCAUCAGAUUGUUAAAAACUGAAUGUAUGGAAUAGAGUGCAUUAGUAAAAUGGAUCACAUUGGAAUAUCUUUAUUAAAUUCAGAUGUACAAACAGUGGUAUCGGCACAUGAAUAUGAGUCAUGUCAUGAGUCACAUGAGUGUUCAUGAGGUUUUCCAAAGUUUGGGAUCUACUUCAGCUGCUCUGAGAGAAUCUGUAGCUGAACACGAGACAUAAGUCCUAUUUGAGCUGGAUUCGUUUUACAGUAGGUGGAAAUAAACUGAAACAAGUUUGAAAGA